UCGACCAUGGAGUUUACAGAGCAACAUCGUAAAGAGCUUGAAGAAAGAGGCUACACCGUAGUGGAAAACGUCAUGACAGACAAGGAAUGUGGGGAUAACAUUCAGGCAUUCAGGGAUUGGCUUUCUGAAUUCCCAGAGGAUGAAUGGCCAUACACGGCUCAUUCACUUAUUCAAAAAUAUAAUAUUGGUCACCAUGAAGCCGCAUGGAGGACUCGUCUCAAAGCCAAAGAAGUCUUUUCAAAAUUGUGGAAGACGGACAAACUGCUCAGUAGUGUGGACGCAAUCGCAAUAGGUCGGCCGCCAGAGGAUGGAAAAGAAGCAUUCGCUACUGAAAAUCGCCAUUGGUUACAUGCCGACCAAGAUUCGGAGAAGGUGGGUCUGCAUGGUUACCAGGGAGCAGUUUACCUGGAGGCGGUGGAUCAGGACGACUGGACAUUCCACGUGAUGGAACGAUCACAUCUGUACCUCGACCAACUUUACGACCGGAAUCAGAAAGCAGCGCUAAAGAGUUCGAUUAACAAAUACUAUCACCUUCGGGACGAUGACGAGGCGUGGCUUCACUCUAAAGGUUGUGUAACCAAGCGCGUGGCGGUACCACGUGGCGGAAUGGUUCUGUGGGACUCCAGACUUAUACAUGCCAACGCUCGCCCAUUAAAGGGAAGGGCACAUCCUGGAAGGUGGCGGUACUGUGUGAUGGUUUGUAUGACUCCGGCCAGAUGGGCGACUAAAAAAGAUCUGGAGACGAAGAAAGAGGCUUAUGAUGACGUAGCUAUGACGACACAUUGGCCAUCACAAGAUGUUCGUAUCAUGUCAUCUUUGCCUUCAAAAAAUCAAAAGAAUGUUGGUUGGUUUACACAACUUCCGGAAAUUGCGAAAACAACGAAAGCGAAACAACUUUGUGGUGUGUUACCUUAUGAUUUCACAGACGGUGAACCGAAUGGUCCGGAAUGGAGUCCGGAAUGGAUUAAGGACCGGUUUAAUAAAGCAACGCCUACACCAAGUCAAAGGUCAAGGUUACAGAAUGUUGUUAUGGCGUCUGGGAUAAGUUUGUUGGUAGGCUUUGCGGCCUGGGCAGUUGUAAAGUAUGUCAGACACUGA